CUAAAAACUCAACUAGUUUGACCUGUAUGAACCCCUUUUGUUUUUCAGUGUACAGAACACAGAAGAAUGUAAGUCACACAGGUUUGAGGUGACAUUAUCGUGUGAAAAUGAGACAAUGUUCAUCUCUCACGCAACCCCCACCCCCACCUCUUCUGAUGAGCUAUAAAAUGAGCACCGGAAUGGACACCUUAUCUCAUUCACCUCCUGAUCAAAGAUGGAUCUGCACAUCUCACUUUUUCUUCUGUGUAUUCUUUUCACUGCGGGACACUCUCUCAGCUGUUAUGAAUGCAGUCUUACGGGAUCUUGUACCACAAGUCAGUGUUCCACUGGGUUUACCAACUGCUUGAGCGCAGCAGUUACUGUCAACAGUACUACAGUGAAGCUUAAAAGUUGUGCUCCAUCUGUCUGUCCAAGUGGAUCCAUCAACCUCGGCAUUGGAAGAGGCUCUACUCUGUGUUGUAACACUGAUCUCUGUAACAACCAAGAUCCUCCAGAUCCCAGCACUAACACUCCCAAUGGAAAGUCAUGUUACUAUUGUGAUGGGAAUACCUGCUCAAACACAGUUGGUUGUUCAGGGACUGAAGACCGCUGCUUUAGUACAACAGUCCAGUCACAGGUUUUAAAAGGCUGUGUCUCUAAAUCUCUUUGUGAUGCCACACAACUGAUUCCUGGUUCAGGAAGUAUCUCAUGUUGUGAGGGGAACCUGUGUAAUGGUGCUCAGAGCGUCACUCAGAGUGUUAUUCAGAGCGUCACUCAUAGUACUAACGGUGCUGAGAGCAUCACUCAGAGCUUCCUGUUCCUCUGCUGUUCUCUGCUCUCCUUCAUCCUUCUGCACUGAAUCCAGCAGAUCUUCACAUUCUGCAGCUGCAGCAAAGAUACAGCAUGAUGUGCUUUACGAACAUAUACAAAAUCUGAUCAUUUAAAUAUAUAUUUCAAAUAUAUAUAUUUGUUUACACAAUAUUAACAUAAUGAAAUGAAUUACUUUAGAUUCACUGAAUGUUUACUUGUUAACUCAUUCCUGUCAGAAACUGCAGAAGGAUGUUCCACUAAAUCCAUCUGUGAUAGCAAAUGUCUGUUCCACAAUAACACCUUUGCAGUUUUCUGUCAGGCCUACUUUGCUUUAUUGGUAAAUUAUUUGUUUAAAGAGGACAUUGGAUGCCCAAGCUGGUGUGAUUCUUUAGGGUCUUUUAGGGUCUGUCGGGAGAAAAUGAAGACUCGCUUCAUCAUCUUCGGUGGUUGUGUCCAAUCACUGCUAAGACACAUUUUUAUGCAAACACCAUGUAAAAGUGAAUUUUGCAUCCGAUGUCCCCUUUAAUAUGUAUUUAUACUCUUGAGGUGAAGAGGGAAAAGGUGAUAAAUCUGUAACUCAAGGCUACUUGAGCCUCAUGUUAUGAUGGGUUGUUGGUACACAGUGUCUUCAGUCAUCUUUCUCAUUGUGCUCUACACAAAUAUAUUUUCUUUGUUUAAAAUAAAACUACUGAUUUAAUCAA